AUGCCUGAUGCCGAUCCAAAAUUUCUACAAAUUUACUUUAUGGACGAUGAGGAGCAACAAUCACAUACACGCUGUGUUUACAACCAUAUAGAGCAGAUGGAAGAACGAGAAAUUGUGGAUAUUUUACAAACGUUUUUGCAAAAUCAUAACCAAUUGAUACGAUUGUUCAAGACUCUUUCUAACAGACUGCAAAACGACAAGUACGUCAUUGUCAUUAAAGCAGACAAAGUGCCCUAUGGCGAACACGCAGGUACAUAUAAUGUUCCAACUAUUAAUGAAGUUGCAGUUGUUAUGGCUGGUGACCCAUGUGAACGGCGAGACAUUCGCAUACAACGCAGAGAUGAUACGGUGCAAAUAAUUCAAGACAAUCAUCGUUCUUACGAUGCUUUGCAGUAUCCAUUGAUAUUUUGGGAAGGAGAAGAUGGAUAUUAUAUCAAUAUUAAACAAAGGAAUCCAACUACAGGUGAAGAACUGAACAAGAAAGUUAGUGCUAUGAACUUUUACGCAUAUCGACUAAUGAUUCGUGCUAAUGAAGACAAUAACAUUCUCCGAUGCAGACAGCUAUUUCAUCAAUACAUUGUCGAUAUGUAUGUAAAAAUCGAAAGUGAGAGAUUACGAUACAUAAAAUUUAAUCAAGCAAAACUUCGUGCUGAGGAGUACAUUCAUUUGCGUGACGCCGUAAUCGGUAACGUAGAUGCAACGAAUAACAUCAACAAUAUCGGGACCGCAUAUAUUCUCCCGUCAUCAUACAUUGGUAGUCCGCGCCAUAUGCAGGAAUACAUUCAAGGUGCCAUGACCUACGUACGUGCAUACGGCCGACCAGAUCUUUUUAUUACAUUUACGUGUAAUCCAAACUGGGAUGAAAUUAAAAAUUUGCUGUUGCCAGGUCAAACAUCGAUGCACCGUCAUGAUGUCACUGCACGUGUUUUUAAACAAAAAUUAAAAUCUUUGAUGAAUUUAAUUACUCAUCACUCGGUAUUUGGUAAAACACGUUGUUGGCUUUACUCGGUUGAAUGGCAAAAACGAGGCUUACCUCAUGCGCAUAUUUUAAUUUGGUUGGUGGAUAAAAUACGCCCAGAAGAAAUUGACAAAAUUAUUUCAGCGGAAAUUCCAGAUCCGAACAUUGAUCAAGAAUUGUUUGACAUUGUUACUACUAAUAUGAUCCAUGGUCCAUGUGGUACUCUAAACAUAAUGUCACCAUGUAUGGAUAAUGAAAAAUGUACAAAGCGUUUUCCAAAACCAUGUGAAACUGAUACUAUCACUAAUAUUGAUGGCUAUCCAUCUUACCGACGUAGAGACGUAGACAAUGGUGGUCAAUCAUAUGAAUUACGUCUGUCAAAUGGUGUAAUAGUAGAUAUUGAUAAUCGCUGGGUAGUCCCAUAUUCACCAUUGCUGUGCAAAACCUACAAAGCGCACAUUAACGUCGAACUAUGCAGUUCAGUGAAGUCGAUCAAAUACAUUUGUAAGUAUGUUCACAAAGGUAGUGAUAAAACUAUAUUUGCUGUUCAAAAUAUAAACGACAAUGACGAAAUAACACGUUAUCAAAUGGGUCGAUACAUAAGUAGCAACGAAGCUAUUUGGCGCAUUUUUACGUUUCCUAUCCAUGAAAGGGAUCCUGCUGUGAUACAUUUGUCUGUGCAUCUUGAAAACGGACAACGUGUUUACUUCACAGAAGAGACUGCACUACAACAGGCUUUAACGGCUCCAAAAACAACUCUUACUGAAUUUUUUAAACUUUGUAGUCGACAAGAUGUUGUUGGUCAAUUCGCAAGGACAUUAAUAUACGCUGAUGUUCCUAAAUUUUUUAUAUGGAAUAAACAAUCAAAAAAUUGGGAACCGCGGAAACGAGGCACUCCAGUCUCAGGAUUCGCUGACUUAUUUAUGACAAAUACGUUAGGUCGAUUAUAUACAGUUCAUCCGAAGCAACGCGAAUGUUUUUUUUUGCGUUUAUUACUGGUUAACAUUCCUGGACCAACGUCCUUCCAAUAUUUGCGAAAAGUCAAUGGUAUUUUGUACGACACUUUCUUCGAUGCGUGUAGAGAGUUACAUUUAUUGGAGGAUGAUAACCAUUGGGACCUCACACUUGCAGAUGCAGCACUGAGCUCAUCUCCACAACAAAUCCGGCAAUUAUUUUCAAUAAUAUUAACAACGUGUUUUCCGUCUGACGCAUCUGCUCUGUGGAACAAAUAUAAAGAUUCAAUGAGUGAAGAUAUUUUGCAUCGGACUAGAAUUGCUAAUCAAAAUCUUAAUAUUGAAUUCUCCGCUGAAAUAUACAACGAAUCAUUAAUAAUGAUUGAGGAUAUUUGUAUUCUUAUUUCGAACAUGCCGCUCAUCCAUUUCGGAAUGCCAGCGCCGAACCGCCCAGCGGUAGAUAUCAUCAAUAGCGAUGUUCAACGUGAACACCAGUUCGAUAAAACUUCUUUGGCUACUUUUGUUGCUAAUAAUGAACAAUUGCUUACUGCUGAACAACGAAAUGUAUAUGAUGAAAUUGACGUAUCAAUUACAGCACAACAAGGUGGUUUCUUUUUUUUGGACGCACCAGGUGGCACUGGUAAAACAUUUCUCAUCUCACUGAUACUUGCGCGCAUUCGAUCACAAAAUCAUAUUGCGUUGGCCGUUGCUUCAUCAGGUAUUGCAGCAACGUUACUUCAUGGUGGACGGACUGCCCAUUCAGCACUAAAAUUACCUUUGAAUGUUCAUACAAAUCCUGAAGCAAUAUGUAACAUAAAGAAGCAUUCAGGCAUGGCUGAAGUUUUGAGAAAAUGCAAAAUUAUUAUCUGGGAUGAAUGUACAAUGGCCCACAAGCAUUCGCUCGAAGCUCUCGACAGGUCUCUGAAAGAUAUCAGAAAUAAUGCUCGGCUUUUCGGUGGUGCUCUACUUCUGCUGUCUGGUGAUUUCAGACAAACACUACCAGUCAUUCCACGUGCGACAUAUGCAGACCAAAUAAACGCAUGUUUGAAAGAAUCUUAUUUAUGGCGAAGUGUCACUAAAUUAUGCCUUACUCUUAAUAUGCGCGUUCAACUUCAGAAUGAUCCAUUAGCAUCAGGAUUCGCUGAACAAUUGUUAAACAUUGGCAACGGUAAAAUUCCAUUGUAUGAAGAUACACAAUAUAUUCGACUACCAGAGAAUUUUUGCAACAUGGUGGCUACCAAAGAUGAGUUAAUAGAAAGUAUCUUUCCAGAUUUGAAACAUAAUUAUACUAAUCAUGUAUGGCUGCGAGAGCGAGCUAUUUUAGCCGCAAAAAAUUUAGAUGUUGACGCCAUCAACUUUAAAAUACAACAGUCAUUGCCUGGUGAUGAAAUUAUAUUUAAAUCGAUUGACACGGUUGUUGAUCCUGACGAAGUUGUCAACUAUCCUGUAGAGUUUCUAAAUUCACUAGAUUUAUCCGGAAUGCCACCGCAUAAUUUGCGGCUGAAAAUUGGCUCACCUAUAAUUUUGCUUCGAAAUUUAAAUGCCCCAAAAUUGUGUAAUGGCACGCGAUUAGUUGUAAAAAAAAUCAUGGGCAACAUUCUCGAAGCCACUAUUUUAAGUGGAAAAUUCCAAGAUGAAGUUGUACUUCUACCACGGAUCCCAAUGAUUCCUUCAGAUUCACCUAUACCAUUCAAACGUUUACAAUUUCCAAUCUGCUUGGCAUAUGCUAUGACUAUAAAUAAGUCACAAGGCCAAACAAUGACAAUUUGUGGCUUAGAUUUAGAAAAUCCGUGUUUUCUCACGGCCAAUUAUAUGUUACGUGUUCUAGAGUUGGAAAACCAUCGAAUUUGUUUAUUUAUACACCUCAAGGCUUAA